CUCCUUCCCUGCUCCUUCCCUGCUCCAUCCCUGCUCCAUCCCUGCUCCAUCCCUGCUCCAUCCCUGCUCACAUCCCGCUCCCAGCGCCGCUCCCAAACUCUGAUCCACAGCUGAGAACCGAGGCAAGCGCAGAACAGAGAGAGAAAAACAUCUUUAAUUAAGACUUUGCAUCUUUUUCUGCUGGAAUAUUUUUAACGCCCUUCUGCCUCUCCCUCUCCUUUCGUGCAGGAUUUCUUUCCCACAGGAUUUUUGGGGCAGAGCCAUUCCCGACGCUGCGUUCUGGAUCCAAACGGGGCUUGUGGGCUGCAGCUCUUUUGAAGGCUUUGCUCUGUCACAAGGUGUGCUGCGUCGUGACAGGAACAGGCUUUUUAAAGCUGUUUGCUUUGAGCUCUCUUGGCACAUUCAGGCGAGGCUUUUUCUCUGCUUUUUGAAAAAAACUAUAUUUAAAGUGCCGGGACAAUUUUUGCCGCUGUGCUUUAAUAGCAUUUGCAGCUGUGAAUGUGCUUUAAAAGAGUUUACAGCUGGGUUGAAGUGUCCCCUCGCUUAAAAUAACGUCACAGCUUCGUGAUGCAGGAGAAUGUGCCUCCCACUAGUUGCUUUGUGAGGGCUGGGGAGCACAAGGGGAAUAGGAGUAACCCCAAAACUUUUAUUUUGUGGUUAGUAGGAAGCAUAACCCUGUGGUUGGGGAUUGGAGUUGUCAGUGAGCCGGUCUGGAUCUUGGUUUUUGCCUUGCUGGUGAUUUGCUCUCUGCCCUCUCAUGCAGUUUCAGCCUGGCAGGGUUUUUUCUUCACUGUGGUACAGGGAAAUCAGGGUGGUUUUAGGUUGUGGAGUGAUAGAUUUGGGGAUCUCUGUGUGUUACAAAGUGCUGGAGCAGAGAGAAGGGCAGGAUGUGGUGCCACUGGGACCCAGCAAGAGCUGUGGGCCGUGUGUUUCUCGAACUGGAAAGCAGUUGGUGGCCAGGGAGCCGAGGGAAGAAAUGUUUUAUCUUAAAGUGCUGCCUGCCUCCCGUGGCUCGGGGCCACCAGGGCACCCAGGACAUGCAGACACUGAGCUGGGGAGGCUCCACAAAGGGGUUUAAAUCCCUCGGGGGAGGUGUGCAGGGAGGGGUGGAUGGGUGGGCUCAGCACCUGCAGAGUGCCAGGAGCUUUGCCAAAACACUGCAAAAGUGCAGGUGGUGAGGGGGGAGUGGUGCAGAGUUUCUGUCCUGCCGGUGCUGGGGGAAGCUGUGUGCCUGAGUUCCACCCUGCUCUGGCAGAGCUGGUGCCAUGGAGCCAGCUGAGUAAAUCCAUUCUUGGCUUCCCAGGGGCACACAGGGAGCGGGAGAGAGGAGGGAGCCCCUGGCAGCCCCACUCAGCAACUGCUUACACAGGGGCUGCACUCAGAGUCCACAUCAAUUCUGUCUCCUUGCCAAGAGAAAGGGGCUCGAAUCCCUUUUGCUGCAUUGGCACUGGAUGUGUGUGAGGAUGCUUGGUGCAGCCCUGGCGCUCAGCAGCCUGUCUGCUCCAGGGAUUUACUCCAGCCUGGUGAGGAGUGGGGUCACAGAACACACCGUAACCUCUCUCCCCCAGUGUCUUGGCCAAGGUUAAGAAGUCAGGGAUUUAUUUUUUUAAUAGGAACAAUAUCAAAGAAGUCUCGUGUCAUCUCCCAGAUCCUUCCAUCUCUUCCCUAAUCUCUUGUUCGCAGAGAUUUGCACCCUUUCAAGUGCCUGACAUAAAUAAAGGUGCAAAAUUCACAAAUAAGGCUGAAGCCAGAAAUCCCUUUCUUUGUCCUCUGUGUUUCCCAGCCCAGGUUUCCCAAACUGGAAGGAGAAUUCCCGUGGCACCGGAGACUCCUGCGGCAGUUCCCGAGUGUGGGAUGGAGCUGUGGAGCAGGGCAGACCCCCAGCUCCGAGAGGUCGUGUGGUUCGCCCUGCGCUGCCGGGCCCUGGCACUGCUGCUGCAGGCAAGUCUGUCCUCCAGCCAGGGAGGCUCUGCUGGGGUUUGCUGCUCCUGGGCUCCUCCCUGAGAUCCGUCAGCUGGUUCUGCACAAUGGGGAAAUCUUCUCUGGAGAGCCAGCAGACCGUCUGCAGCCAUGGGUUUUACUUGCAGGUUGCUUUUCAGUUAAACUGCAUCAAUUUCCUUGUGACUUGGUGUGUUUUCACACUGCUGCUGCUGGUUUGGCUCCAAGUGUGUUUAUGCACAGAAAAGGAACAAUAAUCUCCUCCUGUGUGCUCCAGUGUUAUUUCCAGAGCCAUCCUGCUCUGAGCAUGGGGGAGCUUGGUUGUGACAGCCAGCAGAGCCCAGCCGUGGCUGAGGAGCUUUCCCUGCCCAGUUCUGCAGGGAUUCAUGCUGGCUGUGCCUUUACUCUGUUCGGAUGUAAAACCCCAAAAGGUUGUGCUUGCACCUUUUCACAGCCUCGUGGGCUCCUUUUCACACAGCCCUGAGAGGGUCUGGCCUCGGUGCCAGCCUGGCCCCUUGUCUGAGCCCUCAGGAGCGGAGUGCUCUGCCAGCCUGCAGCUCUGUGUUGUCUUCCAGGCCGUGUUUAACCUGCUGAUCCCGGACCACGCCGCCGACGCCUUCUCCCCACCGAGGCCGGCCACGCAGGGCCCGUGGGACGCGCUGGUGGAGCGGCUGCUGGGCGGGCUGGGCCGCUGGGACGCCGAGCACUUCGUGUUCAUCGCCGAGCGCGGUUACCUGCUGGAGCACAACUGCGCCUUCCUGCCGCUGUUCCCGCUGUGCCUGCGGGCGCUGGCCGGGCUGCUGCCCUGGGCCUCGCAGCUGCAGCCCCGCAGCCGCCUGCUGCUGUCGGCCGCGCUGCUGAACGCGCUGCUGGCCCCGCUGGCGGCCGCUGCCCUGCUGGGGCUGGGCCGGGCCGUGCUGCGCCAGCCUCGCCAGGCCUUCCUGGCCGCCCUGCUCUUCUCCGUCAGCCCCGCCGGCGUGUUCAUGGCAGCCGCCUACUCGGAGAGCGCCUUCGCCUUCCUGGCCUUCAGCGCCAUGUGGCAGCUGGAGCAGGGGCACAGCACGCUCGGCACGCUGCUCUUCUCCUUGGCUUCUGGGGCCCGAGCCAACGGGCUGCUCAACGCCGGCUUCGUCCUCUACGCCCGCGGCAAGCGCUUCGCCCUCCGGCUGCAGCUGGGAUCGGCAGCCCCGAGGACGCUCCCCUGGCUGGGCAAGCAGCUCCUCAGCCUGGCAUCUUCAGCAGCCCUGGCGUGUGCCGGCAUUUUCCUGCCUUUUGCUUUGUUUCAGUACUAUGCCUACCUGAGGUUCUGCGGCCCUGGCACGGACCUGGGUCAGGCCAUUCCCGAGCCGCUGCUGCAGCUGGCACGGGACAAGGGCUAUCGUGUGGCAGGCGUGGCUGGGGAAAAGCCCCCCUGGUGCUCCCAGCGCUUCCCUGUGGUCUAUUCCUAUAUCCAGGAUACUUACUGGAACGUGGGCUUUCUAAGGUACUUUGAGCUCAGGCAGAUCCCGAAUUUCCUGCUUGCUCUGCCCAUCACCCUUCUGGGCUCAUGGGCUGCCUGGACCUACGUCAGCACAAACCCCUGGCACUGCCUGACUCUUGGUCUAGUGAGGAGUAAGAGUGGAGAGAGGGGAAAGGCAAGAGAUGGAUUUUGUGGCCCUGCUGUCUUCGUGUACGUGGUGCACAGCACGGCCCUGCUGGUGUUCGGGUUCUUCUGCAUGCACGUGCAGGUGCUGACCCGGUUCCUUGGCUCCUCCUCUCCCAUCCUGUACUGGUUUGCAGCUUACCUGCUUCAGGAGCACGAACCUUUACUCUGGAGCACAGGGACUGAUAAUCCAACCUCUGGGAAGCCUCUCCUGGGAAAACCUCCCAGUUCCCGGGGGAAAGGGACCUCGGACAACCCCGUUGUGAGGCUGCUGCUGAACUGGCGAUCGAUUACCCCGCUCAGCAAGAGCAUCCUGGGCUUCUUCCUGGGCUACUGGCUGCUGGGGCUGAUCCUGCACUGCAACUUCCUCCCCUGGACAUAGCGGGCUGUGCUGGCACCGACCUGCAGUGAGCUCUGCUCAGAGCUGAAACUCACCUGCUCCAAAAGCCUGAGGUGGCUGUGAUGAUGCUGCUGUUGCGGUUGCAAAGUGUCACUCCUCCGUCAUGGUGUCCCAGAAGGGAUGUUCUCUGUGGUGUGAUGCUGCAGAAUCCUGCCCUGCUCAGCUGGGAUUGCUGACAGCCAAAAUUCCCGUCACCUGCCUGGGAUGGGGAAUGCCCCUUGGUCCUGCAGCUGCUGGGGGAGAUGAUGGCAGGCGCUGGUUUGUGGCAGGA